AGCAGGUACUCGAUAAUGCUUACAACAUGUCGGAGUUAACUGUGAACGACUGGUUAAAUCUGGCCCCCUGUCCCCCUCCCUGGAACCCGGACCUGCUUUACCGGACCCCGCCAACGGUAAACCUGACAGAGGGGGAGAUAGAGAGGAUCGCGGAAAAGUGUCACGUGCCCCCCAAGGACAGGCUGAGUACAUCUGUACCGAACACCUCCAGUGUGGUGCUUCCUGUUUUAGUUUCGCUGUUUUCUGUGAUUUUACCGGGAACUUUGAUUGCUGUGUGGGUAUAUAGACGUAAGAAAUGGAGCACAGACGAUAGCUGCCUACAGCCCAAGGACUCUCAGAGUGAUUUACUCAAAGAAGUUCAGGGACCUGGUAUCCAGUGCUUUGACAAUGAAACAUACAAAGAACUGAAGACAAGUUCACGGGAUUCUGACAACACAAACACACAACAGGAUGUGGCAGAUCCCGACAAAAGAAAGGACGUCUUACAAAAUUCUGAAAAAAGUAGAAAUAAAGCAGGACCUCCAGAUAUCUGAGGACUUGUUCUUAGAGCAAGAAAAAUAGAUUUACGAACAUUUAAUCGCCAAUCAAAGAAAAAAAGGAAUUCAUGAAA